AUGCUCUCCCGCGGAUGGGCGCACUUUCUCACACCACCUCCGGCGCGGCGGGGCCGGACCGGGCGGAGCGCUUGUGGGCGGGGCCUUGGAAGGGGCGGGGCCAGGGCGGGGCGGGGCCGGGAGUCCCGAGGGUCCGGAGCCUGGGAGGCCAGAGACUGGAGAAAAGUUGUGGGAUCCGAGCCCCAGCCGCCACCAGAGCCGGAGCCGCCGGGGCGAGGACCACCCAGCGGGGAUCCGGCACGACCUUCGGAGACGCAGCCGGACCCGCCCAGUUCGGCUGCCCGGGUAGCGCCGGGGUCGGGGGCAGCCGCGGGGGCCGCGGGCGGGAGGCGUGAACCCGGGGGCUGCAUGAUGCGCUCCAAACACAGGGCCCCGGGGCUGUGCGGGGCACCCUGCCGGGCAGAGGUCACAUCCUCAGAGCAAAUAUCACCUUCCUGGAAGAAACCAGUGUUUUCUGAGGAACUCAAGUUCACAGUGCAGAGGAAGUGACGGAUGUUCGCUAAACUUACUGUGAUAAUCAUCUCAUGAGGUAUGUAAGUCAAAUCGUUAUGCUGCGCACCUUAAACUUAUACAGUAUUGUAUGUCAAUUAUAUCUCAAUAAUACUGGGGAAAAAAUGAAGUGGGUUGGUGGUUUCUCAA